GCAGGUAUAGUGAAUGCAGGGUCCUGGGAGACCAGAUAUAGUGAAUGCAGGGUCCGGGGAGAGGGGAUAUAGUGAAUGCAGGGUCCGGGGAGACCAGAUAUAGUGAAUGCAGGGUCCUGGAGGAGAGGAGGAUAUAGUGAAUGCAGGGUCCUGGGAGAGCGGAUAUAGUGAAUGCAGGGGUCUGGGGAGAGCAGAUAUAGUGAAUGCGGGGUCCGGGGAGAGCAGAUAUAGUGAAUGCAGGGUCCGGGGAGAGCAGAUAUAGUGAAUGCAGGGUCCAGGGAAGGCAGAUAUAGUGAAUGCAGUGUCCGGGGAGACUGUAUAUAGUGAAUGCGGGGUCCGGGGAGA